UUUAUUUGACAAUAUAUUAAUUAAAGCUUUUUGAAUCGUUCAAUUCAACGUUAUUGAAUCGUGGCAAAAUAUUUGACUUUGUUUGAUAUAAAAAGAAUGCUUGUAAAAACGAUGAAUAAACGUAAUCAAGAUAAGGAAAGUGAUAUGAGUGAAGAAGAUAAGAAAUUACAGGAAGAAUUGCUACAAGCAGUUGAUAUAUUACAAGGUAAAGAUGAAAUAGCUAUGUUGCUGUCAUUGAAUCAUCUGAGAAUGUUGAUACGUACAUCUACGACUUCGAUGACAUCCGUUCCGAAGCCCCUCAAAUAUUUGAGAAAUUUUUAUCCGAACUUGCGCAACACUUACGAAAAACUCAAAAGGGAAGAGGCAAAGAUACGUUUUGCAGAAAUCCUGAGUGUACUCGCUCUCGCUGGAGCUACUCCGGAAUCCAAAGAUUGUCUGAAUUUUUGUAUCAAAGGAGCUGUGGAUAAUCCCGGGGAAUGGGGCCAUGAAUACGUGCGACAACUCGAGGCACAGAUCGUCGAUGAAUGGACGAAUGCACCGAUCAAAGAGGAGCGUGAGAUCCGAAAACGUCUUACACCCUUGAUCAAGAGCAUCAUAGCGUUCGACACGAGACACAAUGCGGAAAUACAAGCAUGCGAUUUAUGCCUGGAAAUUGACGAGCUGAAUUUUCUCGCGGAAUACCUGGAGCCUACAAAUUUUGCGCGCGUGUGCUAUUAUUUAAUUAGUUGCGCGGCUUACAGUGAAGAGACAGAAAGAAGACAAAUAUUAGAAUUUGCUACGGAGCAAUACCUAAAGUUUAACGAGUAUACGAGAGCAAUUUUGGUAGCGCUGCAACUUGUAAAUUCGGAACUCGUUUUCAAGUGCAUCACCGCUUGUUCCGAUUCUUUGACGAGGAACCAACUAGCUUUUAUCCUCUCCCGUCUGCAAGAUCAACCCUUGAGGUCGGAAUAUUACGGAGACGAUGCUAAGAAUAUCGAGGCGAUCCUCAGCAAUGGCCACAUAAACACCCAUUUCCAAAUUCUUGCCAGAGAGCUUGAUAUACUCGAGCCAAAGCUUCCAGAAGAUAUCUACAAGAGCUGGUUGGUAAGCGGAUUUAGGCAAAUGGAACAUGAUUCAGCUAGAGCGAAUUUAGCGGCGAGUUUCGUUUCUGGUUUCGUGCACGCGGGUUUCGGCCAGGACAAGCUGAUGGCAAACACGUCGGAUUGUUGGGUGUAUAAAAAUAAGGAACAUGGAAUGUUAUCAGCUACUGCUUCUUUGGGUUUGAUACAUAUGUGGGAUGUCGACGGUGGAUUAAUUCCCAUCGACAAGUAUCUUUAUACGAACGAAGAUUACGUGAAAUCCGGUGCCUUGCUAGCAAUCGGAUUGGUGAAUUGCGGAAUUCGUAAUGAAUGCGAUCCGGCUUUAGCACUUCUCAGCGAGUACGUAAAAUCAAACAGCCAAAUCCUUCGUAUAGGAGCCAUCCUGGGAUUAGGUCUGGCUUACGCUGGGUCCAGAAGAAAAGAUGUCACCGAACUUCUUUCUGAAGCUUUAGCCGAUGAGCAAAAUAAUAUACAAGUGUUAUCGCUGAUUGCCAUUUCUUUGGGUCUUGUGAAUGUAGGCUCGGGAGAUUCCGAUGUAUCUUCGAUAAUCCUAUUAAAAUUAUUGGGACUACCUAUGAAGGAACUUGUUAUUACACAUUCUAGAUUUUUGGCGUUAGCCCUAGGAAUGAUUUAUAUGGGAACCCGAGACGCUAUAGAAACACCAUCCGCAGCCCUGGAGGCUUUGCCGGAACCAUAUAACUUUGCUUCGCAAACUAUGCUACAAAUUUGCGCAUACGCCGGCACUGGUGAUGUAUUGAUAGUGCAAGAAUUAUUAAGGAUCUGUUCGGAAACAAUCGAGGAAGUAAUGAGCGCAAAAACAUCUGAGAAUAUUCCGAUACCAAGUUGUUGCGAUCAAAGACCACAAAGCUCUGCCAAAUUAGAAAAGAAUAAAAAAGACAGUAAUCAAAUCGAAGAACCUGCUAAAGAUAUUGGAGCUUCACAGGCUAUAGCAUCCCUUGGGGUAGGUGUAGUUGGGCUUGGCGAGGGAAAGGAAAAUUCGAGGAUCUUUGGUCAGGUUGGAAGAUAUGGGCCAACGCCAGCGCGACGCGCUAUGCCUCUCGCAUUAGCCUUAUCCUCUCUGUCAAAUGCUGACCCAGCUGUCGUAGACGUGCUGAACAAAUACAGCCACGACAAUGACGCCGAUGUCGCUCUAAAUGCGAUCUUCGCCCUCGGUCUGGUAGGCGCAGGUACCAACAAUGCGCGAUUGGCGACGAUGUUGAGACAGCUGGCGGCUUAUUACGCGAAGAAUCCGUCUCACCUGUUCCUUGUGCGUAUUUCUCAGGGUUUGGUGCACCUGGGCAAGGGCACUUUAUCUUUAUCGCCUUUGCGGUACUCUUCAAAAAUUUUAGACUAUACCGCCCUAGCUGGUUUGAUGGUUGUCCUCGUUGCGUGUUUAGAUUGCAGAAAUCUCAUAUUAUCUCAAUCUCAUUAUUUAAUGUACUGCUUAGCAAUCGCGAUGGAACCAAGAUGGCUGGUCACUGUGAAUGAAAAUCUUACGGUAUGCAAAAGGAUUGUAGAAUGUAGAUAUUCCAGAUUUAAAAACGAUAUUAUCAAUAUUUUGCAGAAUUUACCGGUAUCGGUAAGAAUCGGUCAAAGCGUGGAUGUUGUGGGGAAAGCAGGUAAUCCGAAAUCUAUUGUUGGCGGUCAUGUACAAACCACACCAGUAUUGCUGUGCACGGGCGAAAAGGCGGAAUUAGUGUCGGAUCAAUACGAGCCACUUUCCAGUGUGCUGGAGGGUUUCGUAAUCCUUCGUGAAAAACAGACUGUAGCGAGUUAGAAAAGCUCUAAAGCUUCGAAGUUCUGCAGUGGUUCUUCUGAAUUGCCUUUUGAUUUAAAUGAAGUUUUUUUUUUGUCAAAGCAAGGCAAUACCAGCAAACGUCCGCGAGCGGGAUGUGACGGCAAAGGUUUUUCUCUCCGGAUCUAUAUGAAACAGGUCAGGAAAUGAGUCUUGUGCGUAUAGCCUUUAUUAUGGGAUAUAAGCUGUUUGAUAAUUAACGCAAUAGUGAUAGUAACUUCGUUAGCUUGUUCGUAUGUUUUGCAUUUAUUUAACUUUAGGGACUAGCGGAAGCAAUGUGCUCUAUACAACAGAAACAUACAUUGGUUCGCAUUGCACAGUGGGAACAAUAACAUUGCGCCAUGAUCAGGAAUACCGGUCGUACACAAAAUCAAUAAAAAACGUGAAAUUUAUUUAUAAUAAGAAAACAAAAGGAGAUUACACAAUGUUUUUACGCGAGUAAAACGUCUCCAUAAGAAAAAAAAGAAAAAGAAAAGAAAAAUUACAGUCGUGUUGAUCUUAAAAUUGACAUUGAAAUUGUAUGUUAGCGAUCAUGGAGCAAGUCAGAUUUUCUUCGUGAUGAAGCUGUUACUCAAGGCAAUACAAAGAUCUAAAGACGUCUGAAAGAUCGUCGCUUCAAAAGAAUCUAGGAUGCCUUGGUAGGAAUUGUAAGUCUUAUAUAAAGCAUGUGUGGGACGCUUUGUAAGAUUAACAAUUCCUCUCUUUCUCGCAUAAAAUGUCCCACGACAUUUAUUUGUUAGGCACAUGACUUAAGAUAAGGGGGCGAAAUGUGUGAAUAAUAAAACGCAGCUGAUUUGAUAAAACGUCGCACCCGCGUCUGUAGUAAAGUAUAGUUCGGUGACUU